AUGCCCGCGCUGGGUGCGGGUCGAGGUGAGGGUCACAGACCUCCCUGGGGAGUGGUGCUCCUCACUCUUACAGCUAUCACCUCCUCCUCCUUGUCAGUUUUGUCUCUGCACCACGUGCUAGCUCUGCAGGCAGAGGUGGAGGUCCUGAGGUCGGAGGUAAGCCGCAGGAGAGAAGAGCAGAGCGGGGCGGCAGAGGAAAUAGUGGGAGGCAGACAAGUGCAGGAGCAGGAGCAAGAAGACAGAGAGGAGACGUUUCAGGAGAUUAACAGUUUUCCACAGUCCAAAUCUGAGACGGAUCAAUCUAAGGGACAGAAAGGGCCGGCCACGGUGAAGAAGAGGAGUUUGGCCAGUGAGUCGGACCGACCAGCAUUGCACUCCUGCUUGCAGCUGAUGGCUGACAGCAAGAGAACGACCUUUCAGAAAAAAUUUGCUUUGGAGCCUCACACGGGGGUUCCGUGGCAGACAGGGCUAAAACGCGGCUCGGCACUGGAGGAAGAUAAAGACACCAUGCUGGUGAAAGAGGAGGGCUUCUUCUUCGUCUACAGCCAGGUUUAUUACACAGAUUCCACUUUCGCCAUGGGCCACAUAGUCAUCCGGAUGAAGAGAAACGUGGUCGGAGACGAGAGUCAGUUUGUGACGCUGUUUCGCUGCAUUCAGAGCAUGAACCCAGUGGUUCAUUAUAACACCUGCUACACGGGAGGUGUCGUCAAACUGGAGGUGGGAGACAGGGUGGAACUGCUGAUUCCUCGUGCCACGGCGAACAUCUCCCUGGACGGGGAUUCCACCUUCCUAGGCGCCGUCAAACUGGGCUGA